CGCCUAGCAACCCCAACAAAAAUAAGACCAUUUUUACGGAGGACAAAAAAGAGACCAAAGGAUCGACCGACUCUGUUCUUCUCCGUCUCCAAACCAUUGUCCAUCCCUUCUCAUUUUCACAGAUUAGCAGCGCUUCGAUGGGGAGCAAGGAAGACAAGCUACGAAGAGGCAGGGAGCACAGACGGAGAGCAACGACGUAGAGCGGGGACUAAGAUGACGAGCAGCGAAGGAGAUGACAAGCAACGGCUCUGUUCAGCCAUGGCACCGCCGUUCUUGUCUAACCUUGCCGCCCUUGGUCCGAAGCCUAUCUCUUCUCCUUCUGUUUUUUUCCGAGUGCUGCCGGCUAUGAUUUCAGAUCGAAUUGAAGCGGCGAGUGGCUAUAUCUGGGCGGCUAUGGUCGCAAGAUGGUGGUGCAGUGGUUGGG